AUGCCUGGAUAUCUACUUUUCACGCAGGCUAUUAUUUGUUCAAUCCACUUUCAGGAUGAGAAACCAUCAAAGAAUAACCCCUACCCAUCACUGCACAUGGGAUAUAAACCUCACAAACAACUAUCUUCUGGCAGACAUGCCCCAAGAUUGAGACGAGAUUUGAAGCUUCAAGAGCAAGAAUCUGUGUCUGUGUCUGAGCAUGCCGUUCACGAGAUGCCACAUGCUUCCCCUGUGUGUGGAGAAACCAUACUGCCUGCUUCUUUAGCAACUACAUGUAAAGACGCCUCAGUGCAGUGGUAUGAUUUUAGCACUGCAGAUCACACAUAUGCUACAAAUCCCAGUUGCCCCAUGAAAAGCCAAGUGAAAGCAACUCAGACACGUCAGACGGAUACCUCUCCCGAACUGUCCGCAUCUGAUAUGGGUGAUGAUACAAGCAAAUUCUACACUGGCUUGAGUGUCCAUGUAUUUUGGGCAUUGGUUAAAUGCCUGUCAAUUUUGCCAAAUCUGCCAACUUUCAAGAUGAAGCUCUGCAAUCAACUUCUGCUUGUGUUGAUGCGACUCCGACUUGGUUUGUUCUUCUUUGACUUGGGAACACGUUUUAAGGUUUCCCAAUCUACAGCAUGCCAGAUUUUCAGAGAAUGGAUUCCCAUCUUGGCAAGAUUUAUGCGUGAACACUUGAUAUUUUGGCCUUCGAGGGACACACUGCAAAGGAUCAGACCAAGAUGCUUUUUGGAACACUAUCCUAGGGCCACUUGUAUAAUAGAUUGUACCGAAAUGUUUGUACAAAGACCACGGAACCUGAAACAACGUGCUCAGACCUAUUCAAAUUAUAAGCAUCACAAUACAUUCAAGCUUCUUUAUUGUAUUGCUCCCAAUGGCUUUGUCAUGUACUUAUCAAAACUAUUUGGUGGGCGUGCAAGUGACAAAUUUAUCACUCAAAGUUCAGGAAUUUUACAGCAUCUACAACCUGGUGAUGAAGUUCUUGCUGACAAGGGGUUUACCAUUGAUGACAUUCUGCCACCGGGGGUGAAAUUAUCCAUCCCAGCUUUCACCACUGGCAACAAGGACCAUAUACUUCCAGAAGAGGAGGUUACACGCACAAGGAGACUUGCAAAUGUUCGUAUACAUGUGGAAAGAGCCAUCAGACGCCUGAAGUGUUACAAGAUAUUAAGCACAGUUAUCCCAGGACGUGUCAUGAAUGUGGACAACAUUGUCACUGUAUGUGCAGGUUUGUGUAAUCUACAACCGCUACUAAUUCAAGGAGAGCCUGAAACUGAGGAAAUGAUCACAGAGUCAGACGAUGAUUUUGAGGAUGAAUGGUUGUUUGAAGAUGAGGACUGA